AUGGGGGACUUAGCCAAUAGCUCGGUGGAGUUCAAACCCAAGAAGCGAGGUAGUGGAGGGGGAAUGGAGGUCAACCAUGCAGGGGACUUCGGGGCUACCCUGGAGGACCUGCGGGACCUUAUGGAGCUGAGGGGUGCAGAAGCCAUUCAGAAGAUUCAGGAGAACUACACGGACACAGAGGGCCUCUGUCAGAGACUGAAGACAUCCCCAGCCGAUGGUGAGAGUCUCACUCAGACACACCACUCUCAGAGUGACAUACUUCACUUGUAACACAAUAUGCACCUUAUUAGUCUACCUUACCAAUCAAAUUGAAACCAAUAGGUCAAAUCAACUGGAUUUUUUUUAUGAAGAACCAGUUGAUGAUAUUGUAUGCCAUAGCGCCACUGCCAUCGCAUUUGCAUAGACAGUUUCUACUUUACUCAAUGUCAUCAUUUGUACUGUCCUCAUCCGCCUGGUUUUCUAUCUGUAUUUUUGUAUUCCCAACCCAGUCUGCCAGAACAUGCUUUCAUGUCGUUGCUAAGCUACAAAAGAAUCAGCAAUCUGGUGGGUGUGAGGCAGAGACAGACACCUCCUCUCAUUCAUCCUGCAGCAAACAUCAAAUCGGCCUGAGGAGAGAUGCUCAAACCUAUAAGAGCAUUUCAUGUUUUCAGCAUAAUUGCUUUAUGUUCAACAUUAUAGUUUCAAAUUAUGUAAUAAAAAAAAAAAAAUCAGAUGACCUUCAAUUAUACAAGUGCCUUACUGUUUUUCACCAUAUCAUCUUAAACAGGGAUUUUUGCUUAUGCUGUUGAGUAUGGAAUGGGAACUUUCCGAUUAAUGUCGAUUUCAGUUUCAAUUUGAAUCAGUGGAAAUUAAUAAGUAAAGAGCAAAGGAGUCUCAUUUGUAUUUGCAUUUUUAAGAACAAUUUUCAAUAUUCCUGUUUUUACAAUUCAACACACCUCUAAUAUCUGCAAACUUUUAUAAUGAUUACAAAAUUAUUUUUUAUAAUUCAGUAAAAAUACAUGUAUGCUGUUUCAAUAAUCAAAUCAAAUUUUAUUUGUCACGUACACAGAUUUUCUGAUGUAAUCGCAGGUGCAGUGAAAUGCUUAGUAGCUCCAACAGUGCAGCAAUACCUAGCAAUAAAAAAAACAAUACACACAUAAUCCAGAAAGAUUUAGAAAUUAAGAAAUAUCAGAACGAGCAAUGUCAGUUACCGGACUAUAAAUAUAUAUACACUACCUGUGACGAGGUGUGAAUGAAGGAGUCAGGCGCAGGAGGUAAGAUACCGAAGUCCAGAGUAUUCUGUUUACAUAAAUCAAACGCCCCAAGCGUCAAACUAAACUAUUACAAGGGAAAACAUCCACCUUAGCAUAAACACAGUGAAUAGUAGCUCAACCAAGCUACACGCUCUCACAACAAACAAUCACUCACAAAGACAAGGGGAACAGAGGGAACACUUAUACACAUACUAAUUAGGGGAAUGAGCACCAGGUGUGUGUGAUUGACAAGACAUGACAAGUGGGGUGAUGAGAAUGGGAUCGGCAGUAGCUAGUACUCCGGUGACAACGAACGCCGAACGCCCCCCCCCCCCCCCCCCCCCCCCCCCCGACGGACGCGCGGCUCCAGCAGUGCGCCGACCCCGGCCUCAGGGAUGGAAAUCCCUCAACAGGGAGAGAUCGAGGAUGUCCCGCCUUGGGACCCAGCACCGUUCCUCCGGACCGUACACCUCCCACUCCACGAGAUACUGAAGACCCCCCACCCGACGCCUCGAAUCGGACCGAGUACGCCAGGGCCCCCUCAAUGUCCAGAGGAGGUGGAGUAACCUCCCGUACCUCAGAUUCCUGGAGCGGACCAGCUACCACCGGCCUGAGGAGAGACACAUGAAACGAGGGGUUAAUACAGUAAUGUCACCUCGUUUAUUCUCCUCAGGACUUUAAACGGCCCCACAAACCGCGGGCUCAGCUUCCGGCAGGGCAGGCGGAGGGGCAGAUUCCGGGUCGGGAGCCAGAUCCGAUCCCCCGGUACUUACACCGGGGCCUCCCUGCGGUGGCGGUUAGCGUUGGCCUUCUGACGACGCACGGCGCGCUGGAGGCGAAUGUGGGCAGCGUCCCAAGUCUCCUCUGCAUGCCGAAACCAGUCAUCCACCGCAGGAGCCUCGGUCUGGCUCUGGUGCCAUGGUGCCAGGACCGGUUGGUAACCCAAAACACAUUGGAAGGCUGUUAGGUUAGUGGAGGAGUGGCGGAGAGAGUUCUGAGCAUAUUCUGCCCGUGGCAGGAACACCGACCACUCCCCCGGCCGGUCCUGACAGUAGGUCCGCAGGAACCUACCCACAUCUUGAUUCACCCUUUCCACCUGCCCAUUACUCUCGGGGUGAAAUCCAGAGGUCAGGCUGACCAAGACCCUCAGACGUUCCAUGAACGCCUUCCAGACUCUAGACGUGAACUGGGGACCUCGGUCGGACACUAUAUCCUCUGGUACCCCGUAGUGCCGGAAGACGUGAGUAAACAGAGCCUCCGCAGUUUGUAGGGCCGUGGGGAGACCGGGAAGAGGAAGGAGGCGGCAGGAUAGUGGUGUUACCUUGGGAGAGGGGAAGAUCAGUGAGAAAAUCAAUACUCAGAUGAGACCAUGGUCGUUGUGGAACUGGUAAAGGUUGUAGCUUACCCGCUGGGAGGUGCCUAGGUGCCUUACUCUGGGCGCACACUGAGCAUGAGGAAAGAUACACCCUCACGUCCUUAGCCAAGGUAGGCCACCAGUACUUCUCGGUCAGGCAACGCAUUGUACGACCGAUACCAGAGGAGGGUGACGUGUGUGCCCAGUAGAUCAGACGAUCACGGAUAAGCACAGGCACAUACUGCAGCCCAGCUGGACACUGCGGUGGAGAUGAAUCUGUGCGUAAUGCCUGUGCUAUAUCUGCGUCCAUCGCCCAUACUACCGGCGCCACAAUAGAUGAGGCCGGGAGUAUGGGGGUGUUGUCUCUGGGCCUCUCCUCUGUGUCAUACAGCCGAGACAGUGCGUCUGCCUUCACGUCCUUCGUACCCGGAAUGUAUGAGAGUGUGAAAUCAAACCGGGUAAAGAAGAGGGCCCACCUGGCCUGGCGAGGAUUCAGCCUCCUUGCUGCCCGAAUGUACUCGUGGUCUGUCCAGACGAGGAAAGGGUGUUUCGCCCCUUCGAGGCAAUGUCUCCACACCGUCAAAGCUCGGACAACAGCCAGCAGCUCCCGAUCACCAACGCCGUAGUUCUGCUCCGCCAAGCUGAGCUUCUUAGAGAAGAAGGCACAGGGGCGGAGCUUGGGUGGCGUGCCCGAGCGUUGGGAUAAGACAGCUCCUAUCCCUACCUCGGACGCAUCCACCUCCACUACGAACGGUAGUGAUGGAUCGGGGUGAGCCAGUACCGGGGUUGAGGUGAACAAACCCUGCAAUCUACUGAAGGCCAAAUCAGCCUCAGCAGACCAGCGGAGCCGGGACAGCCCACCCUUCAACAAGGAGAUAAUGGGAGCUGCGACCUUGCCAAAGCCCCGAAUAAACCUUCGAUAGUAGUUGGCAAAGCCAAGGAAGCGCUGCACCUCCUUAACUGUGGUUGGAGUCGGCCAAUUACGCACGGCUGCAAUGCGGUCUCCCUCCAUCUCCACACCUGUGGUGGUAAUGCGAUAUCCAAGGAAGGAGACUGACUGCUGGAAAUACUCACACUUCUCUGCCUUAGGCAUAAAGAUACUUUUCCAGCAGUCGGACCAGUACCUUGCGAACCAGGGACACAUUCUUUGCAACCCUGUCUAGGUCAGCAUCCCGGAGUCGCCUCUUCACUGUUGACGUUGAGACUGGUGUUUUGCGGGUACUAUUUAAUGAAGCUGCCAGUUGAGGACCUGUGAGGCGUCUGUUUCUCAAACUAGACACUCUAAUGUAUUUGUCCUCUUGCUCAGUUGUGCACCGGGGCCUCCCACUCCUCUUUCUAUUCUGGUUAGAGCCAGUUUGCGCUGUUCUGUGAAGGGAGUAGUACACAGCGUUGUACGAGAUCUUCAGUUUCUUGGCAAUUUCUUGCAUGGUAUAGCCUUCAUUUCUCAGAACAAGAAUAGACUGACGAGUUUCAGAAAAAAGUUAUUUGUUUCUGGCCAUUUUGAUCCUGUAAACAAACCCACAAUUGCCGAUGCUCCACAUACUCAACUAGUCUCAAGAAAGCCAGUUUUAUUGCUUCUUUAAUCAGCACAACAGUUUUCAGCUGUGCUAACAUAAUUACAAAAGGGUUUUCUAAUGAUCAAUUAGCCUUUUAAAAUGAUACAUUUGAUUUAGCAAACACAACGUGCCAUUGGAACACAGGACUGAUGGUUGCUGAUAAUGGGCCUCUUUACGCCUAUGUAGUUUCCAGCUACAAUAGCCAUUUACAACAUUAACAAUGUCUACACUGUAUUUCUAAUCAAUUUGAUGUUAUUUUAAUGGACAUUUCUUUAGAAAUCAAGGACAUUUCUAAGUGACCCCAAACUUUUGAAAGGUAGUGUACAUCUAAUAUCCAAAAGUUAUUUCCAGGUGUAGGUAAUAAUAAAAUAAACGUUCUGAGCAAAUAAUAUAAGAAAUUACACACAAAAAACUAUAGUGAAUACUGCAAAGUUGGAUAGGAGCUAGAAACAGAGCGAUCGUGUCUGUCGGCACCAUCUUGUUAGGGAGAUCAAGAGGAUUUGUUCAUGAACCUUUCAUUACCAUAGAAACGGUAAGAAUAUUGUCUGAAUUAGUAAAAGGUGUAUUUUCACAAAUAGGUUCCUUUCAGAUGAAUUAAAAUGUGCAUAUCUCCUCAACCUGAGAUGUUCCUACUCACGUGUCUUUUUAUCAUCAGACUGUUUCACACAAUUUCUGAACUUGGUCAAGGUCAAAUGGAGUGCUGUGUGCAGUGCAGGCCUAGCUCUGGUUAUAGUGCGACUACAUUUUGACUACACCACGAAAUGGGAUUGUGUGAAAAAGAAACAGAUAAAGAGAGAGGGAGAGAAAGAGAUACAGAGAGAGUGAUGACUGGGUUGCCAGUAGCAGCAGGUGACGUUUGGCAGGGGAGGACAUGAGGAGUGUGCUUGCCAGAGCACACACCCCACAGAGAAGCAGACACACUGACUUAGCCAUCUGUGCUGUUCCCACCCCAUCUAUCUCACUUCACCAAGAGAGCACCCAGCACUCAAACAUUUAUAUGUCUAUCAUAGGAUUCAUGUGAGCGAGUGAGUCUAUUGAAAUGUACAUUUACAUAAAUAAUUGUAUGAUGCCUUAGGCUGUGUUCUGUCUGCUCUAAUGUAGACAUUGUGAUAGCAAUUUAUUUGAAUGCUCUGUCAUAAUGCCUACACAAGGCUAUAAGAAACAUGGCCUAAACUGUCAUGAUCUCAAGUAUUAUGACCACGUCCAAUGUAAUGUGGUCCUCUGUAGCUCAAUUGGUAGAGCAUGGCGCUUGUAACGCCAGGGUAGUGGGUUCGAUCCCCGGGACUACCCAUACGUAAAAAUGUAUGCACACAUGACUGUAAGUCGCUUUGGAUAAAAGAGUCUGCUAAAUGGCAUAUUAUAUUAUUAUUAUUAAUGUAAUGACUGUUUAUGACAACAGUAUUUCACAAGGCCAGUUUCUAAUAUGAACCUAUCAUGAAGUGUUACACACUGACUUUGUGAAGCAUGAUGCACUGAAACUCAAGGCAGAGACCUGCAAUUUGACAAAUGUUUAGUCUUAUGUAGGCAUCCUGACAGAACUACCCCCUUACCUACUGAAUUCACGCAAGACUCUAAUGCCCUCUAGUAGCGUUUUACAUUAAAUCCAGUGAGGUAAAUGAAGGGAUGCCGUGCACCAUGUUCAGUAGCAGUAUUCCCUCUCCUCUCUAGGCCUAUCGGACAACCCGUCAGACCUGGAGAAGCGUGGCCUGGUGUUUGGCCAGAACUUUAUCCCUCCUAAGAAGGCCAAGUCGUUCCUGGAGCUGGUCUGGGAGGCCCUACAGGAUGUCACUCUCAUCAUCCUGGAGAUAGCUGCCAUCAUCUCCCUCGCACUGUCCUUCUACCAACCACCCGGAGAGGAGAGCGAAGGUAGGUGUGACUGACUGUCCAGGUAUCGAACUUGGGCCUUCCGCAUGCCUUAAGAAAGCAUUAGCCCUCUGAGCUAAUGCCUAGGCAUUACCUCUGGGAUCUAACACCACCCGGAGAGGUCUCUUCACAGUCCCCAAGUCCAGAACAGACUACGGGAAAUGCACAGUACUACAUAGAGCCAUGACUAAAUGGAACUCUAUUCCACAUCAUGUAACUCAGUCAAUCAGUAAAAUCAGAUUUAAAAAACAGAUACAACUACACUUUAUGGAACAGCUCGGACUGUGAAGAGACACACACACACACACACACACACACACACAGCAUUUGCAAACACAUGCUAACACGCACUCUACACACACACAUUUUAAUAUUGUUAUUUUGCUGUAUUAUUGAUUUUGUAUUGUGAUUGGACCCCAGGAAGAGUAGCUGCUGCCUUGGCAGCCACUAAUGGGGAUCCGUAAUAAAAACAAAUACAAAACACAAGUUUUCAGUUCUAUCAGUUAAGGUAACUCAUCAGAUGAGCAGAGUUCUAUCUUCCCUAAUUUUACUGCCCCCUCUCUUUCUCUCUCUAUCUCUGCCGUCUCUUUCUUUCUCUCUCUCUCUGUCAUCUUUCUUUCUAUUUCUCUCUCUCCCUCUCUCUCUGCAGCGUGUGGGAACGUGGCGUCCGGUGCGGAGGACGAGGGCGAGGCGGAGGCUGGCUGGAUCGAGGGCGCAGCCAUCUUGCUGUCUGUAGUCUGUGUGGUGCUGGUGACGGCCUUCAAUGACUGGAGCAAGGAGAAACAGUUCCGGGGGCUGCAGAGCCGCAUCGAGCAGGAGCAGCGAUUCGCCGUGGUGCGGAACGGUACCGUCAUCCAGAUCCCCGUGGCCGAAAUGGUGGUUGGGGACGUGGCCCAAAUCAAAUAUGGUCAGUCCAGGCUCAGGAAAGGUCACCUGAUGUAUUAUACCUUGUUAGACUAUCUACGUAGCUACCUGUGUAAAAUGCAUUUGUAGUUGCUACUAUCUUACAAAAGGUCUAUUAAGAAUUAAACUUUCAUAACAACUCACUUGGUCCUUAUAACAGCAACCACAUAAUACAUUAAACAUAUCUGGUAUUGUGUAGACUUUUAUUAAGCAGUUAUAACUAUGUUUGGAUCUUUAUAAUUCCUUAUAGAUCCUUAUAAGUCUCUGGUCCCAUGUCUCCUCCUGCUCCUGCUCCUACACAGGCGAUCUCCUGCCUGCUGAUGGGAUACUGAUACAGGGAAACGACCUGAAGAUCGAUGAGAGCUCGCUGACAGGAGAGUCUGACCAUGUAAAAAAGUCUGUUGACAAGGACCCUAUGUUGCUGUCUGGUGAGUUGUUUGCAUAUAAUACAGUAGUCAUGUUACAGUCGGGAGACAGAGGCCAUGCUAGGGGUGUUUGCCUCUGUGCGGUGUGUGUGUGUUCUAAGUGCGUUCUUAUGCGUGUACUUUUUUUUCUGACUGAUGAGCUGCCUGAGUGAAUGGCCUGUCUAAUGUGUCAGUAUGCUAGCUGCAAUGCCGAGAGGAGAAAUCUCAUUGCCUCUCCCAGUAAGAGAGUGAAUCCUCCCUGUUCCCUGGAGCCUGACAAGGCUAAUCGGAUUGUAGCCUCUGGUCAGCUUCCUGAGCACUGGGUCAUGGAUCCAUUAGACCCACAGGACACCCUCUCUCAUCCUUUUCCCAAUAAUGAUACUCGGAACUGGACUCUGCUACUAACUCCAUAGGUCCACUGACUGGCUAGGCCUAUGCAGAGAUCUAAAAGAAGAGCAUGCUAUUGUGAUCAUGGUGUAGCUGCCUCAUCCACAUUGCUGUGAUGGCGCAGAAGAACAAGUAUUGAAAGUAUUCAGAUGCAGGUUUAGAAAUAUGUAUGAUACAAUUGGUCAGUUAUUUCAUCAAGCAAUAUACAGUGGGGGAAAAAAGUAUUUAGUCAGCCACCAAUUGUGCAAGUUCUCCCACUUAAAAAGAUGAGAGAGGCCUGUAAUUUUCAUCAUAGGUACACGUCAACUAUGACAGACAAAUUGAGAAAAGAAAUUCCAGAAAAUCACAUUGUAGGAUUUUUAAUGAAUUUAUUUGCAUAUUAUGGUGGAAAAUAAGUAUUUGGUCACCUACAAACAAGCAAGAUUUCUGGCUCUCACAGACCUGUAACUUCUUCUUUAAGAGGCUCCUCUGUCCUCCAAUCGUUACCUGUAUUAAUGGCACCUGUUUGAACUUGUUAUCAGUAUAAAAGACACCUGUCCACAACCUCAAACAGUCACACUCCAAACUCCACUAUGGCCAAGACCAAAGAGCUGUCAAAGGACACCAGAAACAAAAUUGUAGACCUGCACCAGGCUGGGAAGACUGAAUCUGCAAUAGGUAAGCAGCUUGGUUUGAAGAAAUCAACUGUGGGAGCAAUUAUUAGGAAAUGGAAGACAUACAAGACCACUGAUAAUCUCCCUCGAUCUGGGGCUCCACGCAAGAUCUCACCCCGUGGGGUCAAAAUGAUCACAAGAACGGUGAGCAAAAAUCCCAGAACCACACGGGGGGACCUAGUGAAUGAACUGCAGAGAGCUGGGACCAAAGUAACAAAGCCUACCAUCAGUAACACACUACGCCGCCAGGGACUCAAAUCCUGCAGUGCCAGACGUGUCCCCCUGCUUAAGCCAGUACAUGUCCAGGCCCGUCUGAAGUUUGCUAGAGUGCAUUUGGAUGAUCCAGAAGAGGAUUGGGAGAAUGUCAUAUGGUCAGAUGAAACCAAAAUAGAACUUUUGGUAAAAACUCAACUCGUCGUGUUUGGAGGACAAAGAAUGCUGAGUUGCAUCCAAAGAACACCAUACCUACUGUGAAGCAUGGGGGUGGAAACAUCAUGCUUUGGGGCUGUUUUUCUGCAAAGGGACCAGGACGACUGAUCCUUGUAAAGGAAAGAAUGAAUGGGGCCAUGUAUCGUGAGAUUUUGAGUGAAAACCUCCUUCCAUCAGCAAGGGCAUUGAAGAUGAAAUAUGGCUGGGUCUUUCAGCAUGACAAUGAUCCCAAACACACCGCCACGGCAACGAAGGAGUGGCUUCGUAAGAAGCAUUUCAAGGUCCUGGAGUGGCCUAGCCAGUCUCCAGAUCUCAACCCCAUAGAAAAUCUUUGGAGGGAGUUGAAAGUCCGUGUUGCCCAGCGACAGCCCCAAAACAUCACUGCUCUAGAGGAGAUCUGCAUGGAGGAAUGGGCCAAAAUACCAGCAACAGUGUGUGAAAACCUUGUGAAGACUUACAGAAAACGUUUGACCUGUGUCAUUGCCAACAAAGGGUAUAUAACAAAGUAUUGAGAAACUUUUGUUAUUGACCAAAUACUUAUUUUCCACCAUAAUUUGCAAAUAAAUUCAUAAAAAAUCCUACAAUGUGAUUUUCUGCAUUUUUUUCCCUAAUUUUGUCUGUCAUAGUUGACGUGUACCUAUGAUGAAAAUUACAGGCCUCUUUCAUCUUUUUAAGUGGGAGAACUUGCACAAUUGGUGGCUGACUAAAUACUUUUUUUCCCCACUGUACACAAUUCCAUUUUCUUAUCAUUGAUGUUUUUUUUCCAGUAUGUACCUGUCACGCUUACAUACCUCACUUGAUGUUUGGGCCACAGCACACUGGAUGAAUGCAAACUCUGUAAAUGCAGGGGAAUUGAUCAGUUCCAGUUUAAAUACAUUCACUUUACUUGGUCUGACCAUCUACAUGCUGUGGUUUAGUGCACAUAUUAAUCACAGUCCCAAGCCAUUGCAUAUUUAAGCAAUAACAAACAUCAAACAUAUUUAGCAGUAUUCUGCACUAUUACUGAUUGUUCUUUCUCACAGAGAGCUAUUCCACUCCCUGGAUAUUGAACAAUCCCUGGUCUCUUGUGAUAGAGUAGUUUAAUUAAUGGGAACAUAAUGAAGCUCUGCUGUACAAAAGUAAUUAGAUCACCGGUCAGUAGGAAAUACAGAGGAAAGUGACCUUAGAAAGUGAUUAAAAAAGACAAACUACAGUAGUUUCAGAUUGGUGAGUGUAAUUCUGCAUUGACCCUGGAUUUGAAUCUGCGUUCCCAAUGGCACACCUCACUCAAGCCAACCAUGCAAAACUCUAGAGCAAGAAAGCUAGCUAGUCACUCCAGGAAUGAGAUUUGGCUUUUAGGUCUUAGGGAAGAUGACGUCAUUGUGUAAUGUAAACUUAGCCGUCCACUAUAUCUACACUGAACAAAAAUAUAAACGCAACAUGUAAAGUGUUGGUCCCAUGUUUCAUGAGCUGAAAUAAAAGAUCCCAGGAAUUUUCCAUAUGCACAAAAACCUUAUUUCUCUCAAAAUGUUUGCACAAAUUUGUUUACAUCCCUGUUAGUGAGCAUUUCUCUUUUGCCAAGAUAAUCCAUCCACCUGACAGGUGUGGCAUAUCAAGAAGCUGAUUAAACAGCAUGAUCAUUACACAUGUGCCCCUUGUGCUAGGGACAAAAAAAAGGCCACUCUAAAAUUUGCAGUUUUGUCACACAACACGCCACGGAUGUCUCAUGUUUUGAGGGAGCGUGCAAUUGGCAUGCUGACUGCAGGAAUGUCCACCAGAGCUGUUGCCAGAGAACUGAAUGUUAAUUUCUCUACCAUAAGCCGCCUCCAACGUUGUUUUUGAGAAUUUGGCAGUACAGUGCCUUCAGACAUUAUUCAUACCCCUUGACUUAUUCCACAUUUUGUUGUGUUACAGCUUGAAUUCAAAAUGGAUUAAAUAUAUUGUUUUUCUCACCCAUCUACACACAAUACCCCAUAAUGACAAAGUGAAAACAUGUUUUUAGAAAUGUUUGCACAUUUAUUGAAAAUGAAAUACAGAAACAUCUCAUUUACAUAAGUAUUCACACCCCUGAGUCAAUACAUGUUAGAUUCACCUUUGGUAGUGAUUACAGAUGUGAGUCUUUCUGGGUAAGUCUCUAAGAGCUUUGCACACCCGGAUUGUACAAUAUUUGCACAUUAUAAUUGUUUUAAUUCUUCAAGCUCUGGCAAGUUGGUUGUUGAUCAUUGCUAGACUGACAUUUUCAAGUCUUGCCAUAGAUUUUCAAGACGAUUUAAGUCAAACUUUAACUAGGCCACUCAGAAACAUUAAAUGUCAUCUUGGUAAGCAACUCUAGUGUAUAUUUGGCCUUGUGUUUUAGGUUAUUGUCCUGCUGAAAGGUGAAUUCAUCUUCCAGUGUCUGGUGGAAAGCAUACUGAACCAGGUUUUCCUCUAGGAUUCUGCCUGUCCUUAACGAUUACAAGCAUACCCAAAACAUGAUGCAGCCCCCACUAAGCUUGAAAAUAUGGCGAGUGGUACUCAGUAAUGUGUUGUAUUGGAUUUGUCCCCAACAUAACACUUUGUAGUCAUGGCUUUGCCAUAUGUGCAGUAUUACUUUAGUGCCUUGUUGCAAACAGGAUGCAUGUUUUGGAAUAAUUUUCUUCUGUACAGGCUUCCUUCUUUUCAUUCGGUCAAUUAGGUUAGUAUUGUGGAGUAACUAUAAUGUUGUUGAUCAAUCCUCAGUUUUCUCCUAUCGCAGCCAUUAAACUCUGUAACUGUUUUAAAGUCACCAUUGGCCUCAUAGUGAAAUCACUGAGCCUGUGUUUUUGUAGUGACUCUGUGUAUUGAUACAGCAUCCAAAGUGUAAUUAAUAACUUCACCAUGCUCAAAGGGAUAUUCAAUAUCAGCUUCUUUUUUUUUUACUCAUCCAUCAAUAGGUGCCCUUCUUUGCGAGGCAUUGGAAAACCUCCCUGGUCUUUGUGUUUGAAGUUCACUGCUCGACUGAGGGACCUUACAGAUAAUUGUAUGUGUGGGGUACAGAGAUGAGGUAGUCAUUCAAAAAUAUUGUUAAACACUACUAUUGCACACAGAGUGAGUCCAUGCAACUUAUUAUGUGACUUGUUAAGCAUAUUUUUACUCCUGAACUUAUUUAGGCUUGCCGUAACAAAUGGGAUGAAUACUUAUUGACUCAAGACAUUUUAGAUUUUCAUUUUUAAUUAAUUAAAACAUUUGAAAAACAUCAUUCCACUUUGACAUUAUGGGGUAUUGUGUGCAGGCCAGUGACACUAAAUCUAAAUUUAAUCCAUUUUAAAUUCAGGCUGUAACACAACAAAAUGUGGAAAAAGUCAAUGAGUGUGAAUACUUUCUGAAGGCACUGUACGUCUAACCGGUCUCACAACCGCAGACCAUGGCGUCGUGUGGGCGAGCGGUUUGCUGAUGUCAACGUUGUGAACAGUGCCCCAUGGUGGUGGUAGGCUUAUGGUAUGCACAGAAAUACCGUGACUAGAUCCUGAGGCCCAAUGUGAGGCCCAUUUUUUUGAAGGUAUCUGUGACCAACAGAUGCAUAUCUGUAUUCCCAGUCAUGUGAAAUCCAUAGAUUAGGGCCUAAUUAAUUUAUUUCAAUUGACUGAUUUCCUCAUAUGAACUGUAACUCAGUAAAAUCUUUGAAAUUGUUGCAUGUUGCGUUUAUAUUUUUGUUCAGUAUACAUCAUAGAAAUAAACACUUUUGAAAACAUGAUUUUUCUGCAAUAACAAUCUUUGAACACCAUAUCUUUGCAAACAUUAUUAAUGGACAUUUUCUCUUCUGUUUGAGGUGCCAUAUAAAUAAAGGUACUCUGUUUAAUAUAGUGUUGAUAACUGUGAGUUAUUUCCAUGCCUAUUUAUGAAUGUAAUCUUUGUGUCCCCUUAGGAACUCAUGUGAUGGAAGGCUCUGGAAAGAUGCUGGUUACUGCUGUGGGGAUCAACUCUCAAACUGGAAUCAUCUUCACUCUACUGGGGGCUGGAGAGGGGGAGGGGGAGGAGGAGAAGAAAGACAAGAAAGGUAAGAUAAUAAGACAAGCUUAAGUUGUAAAGACCUUAAGACGUUGGUAUCAUUGGUAUAAAAGCAAAUAUAGUAGCCUACAUUUGAAUCUCAGUACAUAUAGCAGGGAUGCUUAAUAUGGAUAAAUACUGUACAUGGAUGUAUUUACGUAUGAUUGACUUACAAUCUCUGUUUCUUAUACUGUAUAUACAAAGACAGACAUGUAUAAGUAUCAAAUAAAUAAAUACAAAAGAAAAUAAAUCAUGCAUUGGCAUUUUCAAUAGGUGUGUUGAAAUGAUCCUCCGUUUAGCUGUGAGUCAUUCAAGACCUGAAGUUACUUCUGCUGAGAAAGAGAGAGCAGAGCGUCUCUGAGCUGUACAGCGUACAUUUACAGUACAUGGGCAGAGACUUUCCUCCCUGUCUCCCUCUCCUUGAUAUGAAGAGAGCGGUAGCUAGCUAGCUGUUUAAUAAUUAUAUCCAGUAAAAGCAUAGCAGUCUGCAGAGCGAUCAAUAAUUGAAUGGAAAGAGGGAGAGCAAGAAGGAGAUGGGGUUACACAGACAGGGAAGCCUCUGGUAAGGACCAAGCUUCACAAUGUAGACCACAGAAAGAUAUGAUGCAAUGGUUGACUUAUUUACUGCUCCUGAGGUCUCAUUCAUUCAUUUUGAUCCAUUCCUUUUUUCUGUUGUUUCUGUUGCUCAUCCUUUUUUGUGAUUUGAUUGUUUUUGUCUCUUAAUUUGAUAAGAUCUCUUAUUGUCCCUGUCCCUAUCUCAAAUCCCAAACCACUAUCCCGUCAGAGGGCAAUAAUACCCCUGCAGUCGAAGCAAAACAGAUCAGCAUCACGAAUGGUAGGUGUUUCCCCUAUUAGACUAGUUAGAUUGAUGAAGGGAUUUGCUAGAGAUAUUUCAUGGGACUUCCAUGGGAAAUUGUGGGCCCCUAACGUAAUUGGAAAAAAAGUACAAACUGUAAACAUAUUUUGAAAAGUAUGUUUAACAUGUUGAUAUGUCAUUGCGAUUUCUUCACAUGUUUCUGUCACUUUCAUUUUGUCUAUUCAUUUUCCCAUUCGAUUUUUACUUCUUUCGGGGGGUUAAAAUGGGAGCAAUGUUUGCCUCCCAUGCAGCAUUAUGUCUGUCACAUUCAGCUGUAUCAGUCUAGAUAUUUAUCUCUCUCUCACUCAAUCGCAGGUAAGCAAGAUGGGACAUUGGAAAACAAUCAGAACAAAGGUAAGAAACAGUGGGAUUUCAAGGCAGAUUAAUCAUCCCUCAUUUCAAAUAGGCUGCCAUAUAUAAAUAGUUUGGGGAACUAUACGAACAACUGAUGGUAUGAGGUAAUAAUUUAUACCAAAUAUUUAUAUAGAACAUUUUUACUUCUCAAAUAAGAUGGAAGCAAUCUCUUGAUUUAUGUUGAAAACAUCUUACCUGCACCUGUAAAUGUUAUAAUAAUGGAUUGUAUGUAUAUAGAGCUUUCUAUUAGGUCUCAAAGGGCUUUACAUCCUAUAGGAAGCACUCCAUGUUACAGUUGCAUACUGUAGCACCAACCUGGGGGAAGCACGGCAGCCAUUUUGUGCCGCAACGCUCACCACACCUUUAGUCUUUUCUCUAACCGUCCUAACCACUCCCUAACUUUGUGACAACCCCCAACCUUAGCCAAGAAACAGGAUGAGGCUGUUGCCAUGGAGAUGCAGCCCCUGAAGAGCGCUGAAGGAGGGGAGGUGGAAGCGGAGAAGAAAAAGGGCAACGUGCCUAAAAAAGAGAAGUCUGUGCUCCAGGGCAAACUCACUAAACUGGCCGUGCAGAUCGGGAAGGCAGGUGAGGGCUGACUAAAGCAUUCAGCAUCUCUUUUCUGCUGGCCUGCUUGUUCACUUUGACUUGACCUGUGAAUACACAAGGUAUACACUGCUGACAAGCUCUUCACAUUUUCCUUUGAACUAAGGAGCCAUUUUUUUUUACAUUUUAGUCAUUUAGCAGACACUCUUAUCCAGAGCGACUUACAGUUAGUGAGUGCAUACAUUAAUUUUUUUCCAUACUGGCCCCCCGUGGGACUCGAACCCACAACCCUGGCGUUGCAAACACCAUGCUCUACCAACUGAGCUACCAACUGAGCUACACAGGGCCAUGUCUAAAUGGUCGUGUCUGAGUGUCUGUCUGUCCGCUUUCGCAGGUCUGGUCAUGUCAGCCAUCACAGUGAUCAUCCUGGUGAUGUACUUUGUGAUCGAGACCUUUGUGGUUCAGGGCCGGGAGUGGCUCACUGAGUGUACCCCCGUCUAUGUGCAGUACUUUGUCAAGUUCUUCAUCAUCGGCGUCACAGUGCUGGUGGUGGCUGUGCCUGAAGGGCUGCCGCUGGCUGUCACUAUAUCACUGGCCUACUCUGUCAAGGUGAGGGGAAUAAGCUGUGUGUGUGUGUGUGUGUGUGUGUGUGUGUGUGUGUGUGUGUGUGUGUGUGUGUGUGUGUGUGUGUGUGUGUGUGUGUGUGUGUUGCUGCAGACAUUAUGUGACAAUCAUGUUAAAUCACAUUUUUGCUCGAGUAUCCUCCAUGUGGCAAAAUCAAGGCACGAUUACACUAUAUAUUGUGCAUGCAGCUGAAUUGUAUUGUAGUUUCUCAGGUGUAGGCCUAACAGUAAGAUUCCUCUCCGUCUGUUUCCUCCUCCUUCCCUAUAGAAAAUGAUGAAGGACAAUAACUUGGUGCGCCACCUGGAUGCCUGUGAGACCAUGGGCAAUGCCACAGCCAUCUGCUCUGACAAGACGGGCACCCUCACUACCAACCGCAUGACCGUGGUGCAGGCCUACGCGGGCGACCAGCACUUCCACAUGGUCCCACACCCUGACCAGAUGAAUCCUAUGGUGCUGGACACGCUCGUAAACGCCAUAGCUGUCAACAGCGCAUACACCUCAAAGAUUAUGGUGAGAGGGUGGAUUAUGAAAGACAGAUACUGUAGAUACCUGCACACUGUUGAAUGCUCCUACAUAUGUCUGCAGUGCUAACGGGACACAGCUAGAUUUUUUCUGUUUAUCCAGUGUAGUUUAGUUGGACAUUUACAUAUUUAUUGGCCAUUUGGAUGGAAACUCAUUUUGUUCAUGUCAGCACGACAUACAGUAGCUAAAACAAUUCAUAGAAUUCAGAAUUUACAUAUUUACAUACACAUUUACAUACAAAUUAUAUCGCCUUACCUUUUAUUUUCCUUCUUGUCUUUGACUCAUUUUGCCCAGUCUGUUAUUUACAGCCACAUCUAUUGAGCGGGGGGGGAAUGGUAACUUCAUCUUUUAUCCCUUAGCCCCCAGAUAAGGAGGGAGGCCUACCCAAGCAGGUGGGCAACAAGACAGAAUGUGCCCUACUUGGCUUCGUCCUGGACCUGAAAAGGGACUAUGCCCCCGUGAGGGAACAGAUCCCUGAGGAGAAGCUCUACAAGGUCUACACCUUCAACUCGGUGCGCAAGUCCAUGAGCACAGUGGUGCAGCUGCCCGAUGGAUCCUUCCGCCUCUACAGCAAGGGGGCCUCUGAGAUCCUGCUCAAGAAGUAAGUCUGACUCCGAAGCUGAAGAAGUCGGAAAAGUCAUUUUUCUGUUAAUCACGCUUUUCAAAUAAAGUUGGAUUUGAUUUGAGGCUACAGGUUUGAUAGAGAAUGAGGUGGUGGUGGCCUCAAGAUAAAGUGAGCCUUGAAUGAGGAUUGAUGAACAAAACAAAACAACUAACAUUAAUAUUGUGCCCUAACAUACAGAACAUCUGACUUGUGUCCUGACUAGGGUAGCAAAGGAAGGGUAUAUUACUGGAAAGUAGCAGUAUCUAACACAAUUUUGGUAACUUUCAAGGAUUUUAAGGAAUUUAUCACUGGACAUCUCGUGGCCUUUUUGGGUACUUCAGAUGAUCACAGGUGUCUGUAAUUAUCUCUGCCCUCUGUGUGGCCUUAUCAUAUGUACAAUAUAUAACAUAAUCAAAAAAUAUGAUUUUAAAUCAAAUUAGAAAUAGAAUGACAAAGCUGUAAAACAUCCUAAGUAUAAACCAUCAAUUUAGUGAAUACCAUUGGUGUUUAAUCCUGGGCCAUGCCAACAUAAAAUAUUCUUUAUAUAUAUAUUUUUCACAAUGUCAAUAUGUCUUUGUUGUAAAUGUUGUGGUGCCAAACUGGUGGUAGUUCUGAAAAAAAUAAAUAGUUGGAGGUGUUGAAUAGUUAAUUUAAAAUAAUGCUAUUGUUGAUUAGAUGUUUGUUUUUUCAUUAAAUCGGCUAUUUUCUCUUGAACCAUUUGGUCUAUCAUAUGGUCUAUUCACUAGAAGCUCAUGGGCAAUAUGGACACAGAUAUAAAAAAUAUGGACACAGAUAAAAAAUAAAAAAAAGUUAUUCAAGUAUACAUUUCCGGUAAUUACCUGUAGCUUUGCAACCAUAGUUCUGACUCUCUGUCUGUCAGGUGCUCCUCUAUCAUGGCUGGCGGUGGAGAUCCGCGGGGUUUCCGCCCGCGGGACAGGGACGAGAUGGUGAAGAAGGUGAUCGAGCCCAUGGCCUGCGACGGCCUGCGCACCAUCUGCGUGGCCUACAAGGACUUGCCGGCCAGCCCUGAGCCCGACUGGGAGGACGAGGCGGGCAUCGUCAGCGACCUCAUCUGUAUCACCGUGGUGGGCAUCGAGGACCCUGUCCGCCCAGAGGUAACCAAGACCUUACGCAGAGGGACUCUCUAUUGCGGUGCAGUUGUUUACAGAUGUAGGUAGAGAUUUGGAGUGGAGUUUUUCCACAGGGAUGACAAUUGCCUGUUUCUUGCUCUUCAUUUCAAGUGGGUUAUUCUGCAGAUAUAUGUCUAAAUAAGUCAGAUAGAUAUGAAUUUAUUAAUACAUAGGAUUAGAGUGGGGAGACCCAUGCACCUAUGGAAGGGCUGGAACAGUAGGAUGACACAACGGGUAUUGUUAUACUGCAGGUAAAGGUAUAGUUAGGUAUAGGCAUUGUAAUCUCACACAUAACAUAAAUGGUAUCGUAGCAUCUGUCAACAGACUGGGAAGGGGAGCGGACAUUUGGACCAUAGACUUGCCCAAAGCAUACAGAGAGAGGGGGGUGGAGCUACCGCCCUGCUUUCGCUCCUCGUUCUAGUAACACAUCUGCCCCCAGAACAGAAUCGAGUGUCCGAUGCAAUUAAAAAAGGUUUUAGUUCUGCGUUUCCGAGAUUAUAGGUAUUGUUAUAAUUGUAGUAAAUAUUCAGUGAUUAAAGCUGUAGUUUCAUGCACAUUAGCAAGUAAGAGGAGGUGCCAAGGCUUUAUCAAAACCCAGGUGUCUUUUCUAACCAGGUCCCAGAUGCUAUCAAGAAAUGCCAGCGAGCAGGGAUCACGGUGCGCAUGGUGACAGGUGACAACAUCAACACAGCGCGCGCCAUCGCUGCCAAGUGUGGCAUCAUCCAGCCAGGGGAUGACUUCCUGUGUAUAGACGGGAAGGAAUUCAACCGACGAAUCAGAAAUGAGAAAGGAGAGGUAGAAUUCAUCAUUCAUGAACUGUUUAACACUCUUUUACUGACAAAAAAUAGAAGUGCCCUGAUUCAGUUCCUUAGCUUGUGUUACAUAGUGUUACGUGACUCAACAUUUUCUGUGUAUAUCCAAUCUUUCUUUCUUACAGGUUGAGCAGGAGCGCAUUGAUAAGGUUUGGCCCAAACUGAGAGUUCUGGCCAGGUCCUCACCUACAGACAAACAUACACUGGUCAAAGGUGGGUCAGAGAUUCUACACUCAAAGCUACAGUACUCUUUUGUAAACAGUUUGUAAACCAUGCAGCUACAGCAUUUCCAAUGAGACCUUAAUCUCCCUGCAGGCAUCAUAGACAGCACCGUACUGGAGCAGCGGCAGGUAGUGGCUGUGACAGGGGACGGGACAAACGAUGGACCUGCCUUGAAGAAGGCCGAUGUUGGCUUUGCCAUGGUGAGACAUCAUGAUGAUGAUGACAAAUCUUUUGUCAUUUUAGUAACUUUGGGAAAAUAUUAAGUCCCAGACUUAAUGUUGCAGUCCGGGAUCAUAAGCACUUACAAAUAACAUAUCGUAACAUAUCAUACGAAAUGGUUGACGUAGCCGGCCGCGACCGGGAGACCCAUGGGGCGGCGCACAAUUGGCCCAGCGUCGUCUAGGGUAGGGGAGGUAAUGGCCGGCAGGGGAUGUAGCUCAGUUCAUAGUUGUGGGUUCGUUUCCCACGGGGGGUAUGAAAAAAAAUUAAAAUGCAUGCACUAACUGUAAGUCGCUCUGGAUAAGAGCUUCUGCUAAAUGAUGUAAAUGUAAUGUAAAAUGUACACAAUUGUGCACAAUUUUCAGGGACCAGUUUUGGCUUUCAGAACUACUCUCUGAAAUUAUACAAAACCUUUGGAGCAUCACUUUAACAAUACAUUUCCCUACCUAUUUACAUUGUAGUUACAUAGGCAUAGUAUGUACUGUGGUAUUGUUACAUUAGUACUUACAUAGUACUUACGGCUAUGUAACUAUCAUGCACAUACAUAGGUAUUAGUGACAUGUUUUUUUAAUGUGAGACCUGUGCAAGCAGGGGGGUGAAUACUUUUCAAAGCAGUGUGAAUUUAAAGUGGAUUAUCUCUGUGGCUCUGUGUAGGGCAUCGCUGGUACUGACGUAGCCAAGGAAGCCUCUGACAUCAUCCUGACUGAUGACAACUUCUCAAGCAUUGUGAAGGCGGUCAUGUGGGGACGUAACGUCUAUGACAGCAUCUCCAAGUUCCUCCAGUUCCAGCUCACUGUCAACGUGGUGGCUGUCAUUGUGGCCUUCACCGGCGCCUGUAUCACACAGGUACUCACUCCAUCUCUGACUCUCGCACACCACAGCACACCACACCACAGCACAAUUCACUGUUGUGUAAAAUCCAAAUGGACCACUUAAGUAACUGUAGUAAAUGGUCAAAGAUGUAGGUAACGGUCUAUGGACAUUCCAAACAAGCUUUGAAGCUAAAUUCUAUCUACUUACCUCUUUUUCUCUCUCCUUCUCUCCUUACCUCUCUCUCUUGCUGCUUCUCUUCUUACUUCCCCCUCUCUCUGCCCCUUACCUUCCCCCUCUCGCUACCUCUUUCUCCCUCUCUCCUUACCUCUCCCUACCCCCUCCCUCUCUCUCCUCCCUUCAGGACUCUCCCCUGAAGGCUGUCCAGAUGUUGUGGGUGAACCUGAUCAUGGACACCUUUGCCUCCCUGGCCUUAGCCACCGAGCCGCCCACUGAGUCCCUGCUCCUGAGGAAACCUUACGGCCGCAACAACCCCCUCAUCUCCCGCACCAUGAUGAAGAACAUCCUGGGUCAUGCCAUCUACCAGCUCACCAUCAUCUUCACCCUGCUGUUCGCGGGUACACACAAGGGAGGAGGAGGAGGAGGAGGAGGAGAGAGACUGGAAGUGGGGGCAGAAUGGAGACAAGGGGAGGAGGUGGAGGGGGGCUGCAGGUGGAGGUGGAGGGGGGCUGCAGGUGGAGGUGGAGGACGGAGUCUGGAGGUGGGGAAAGGGAAAGGGGGAGGGGGGUGUAGGUAAAGGCAAUGGUGAGGAACAAGAAGGUUGAAGUAAAACAGUCAUGAAACUAUGGUGCUCUAUUUAGCUCAUAGCAUUUUACAUGAUAAUUUAGUAUACCUUUGCUUGCCAUUAAAGGGAUAGUGUGUUUUUCUAAUUAUCCAGUCAGAUAAACUCAUGGAUACCAUUUUUAUGUCUGCAUUCAGUAUGAAGGAGGUUAGAGGUAGAUUCGCGAGCCAAUGCUAACUAGCGUUAGUGCAAUGACUGGAAGUAGAAACUACCAUCAAAUUCUUUCAAACUGCACGCAGAGACAUAGUAAAUGGUAUCAUCUGACUCUGGGUAAGUAGAAAAACAGCUUAAUUUCCAGAAUCUUGCACUAUCCCUUUAACUAGGAAGUAUAUCUUCGACUACAUGUGUCUCUUUCUAUUGUCCGCUUAUCCUUUUUGUGUUCCUCUCCAUCUCAGGAGAAAAGAUCUUCAACAUUGAUAGUGGACGCAACGCCCCUCUGCACUCCCCCCCCUCCGAGCAUUACACGAUCAUCUUCAACACCUUUGUGCUCAUGCAACUGUUCAACGAGAUCAAUGCCCGCAAGAUCCACGGUGAAAGGAAUGUUUUCGACGGCAUAUUCCACAACCCUAUUUUCUGCAGUAUCGUGCUGGGGACUUUUUUAAUGCAGGUGACAGGACCACAAGCGUUUACUUCUUAUACGUUAUUUUCCAUUUCCAUUAUAGCAAUCCUAGUAAUGUUAUUCAACCAUGACAUAUACCUAAUAAUAUUGACUACUUAAUUAUUGUCGCACAGGAUACAUGUAUUUGGGCUAACCAAUGGCAACCACUUUUUGUGAUCAAAUCUCUCUCGUCUUGUGUCUUAUUCUGUACAGUUUGUGAUUGUGCAGUUUGGGGGGAAACCUUUCAGCUGCACACCGCUCAAUGUGGAGCAGUGGCUGUGGUGUCUGCUCGUGGGAGUAGGAGAGCUACUGUGGGGACAGGUACUUAUGCUGGAGUUAAUGUUGUGUGAAUGUGUUAACCAAUCUGUGGUUCUACAGUGGUUUUGUGUCAAGACACAACUAAGGCCUUUGACAUAGACAAACCCACAUAUCCAUAACCCAGUCUUCAGUUGGCUUUGACACAAGGACUAGCUAGGACCAACCAGACCGAAACGGAAGUUGUGUUCUUCUGCUCGUCAACUAACGCUGACCCCUAACCCCAACAGCUCAUCACCACGGUGCCCACCAGCCGCCUGCCCUGUCUGAAGGAAGCGGGUCAUGCGCUGGGUAAGGAGGAGAUGAUUGAUGAUGACAUGGCAGAUGAUGAGCAAGAGAUUGACCAUGCUGAGAGGGAGCUGCGUCGAGGGCAGAUCCUCUGGUUCCGGGGCCUCAAUCGCAUCCAGACUCAGGUACAGUGCAUUGGGCUCCACCAUUCUCUGUCCCUUGUCUUUCCCUAACAAGGGCUCUGGUAUGUACUGUACUGUCCUACGAAGAGGAGUCUUUUCUACUUGCCCGACUUAUCUCUGUUAAUUUGUGUCUCUCUUCACCAUUUGAUGCCUUAAUUUAUUUCACCACACUUUGUUUUCCUAUAUUUAUUGAAAUAUAAUUCUCUCUAUUUUAACCUAUCAGAGUAAUUUUGAUUCCAUCUCAUGGUCAUAUUUCUCACUAAAAUACUUUUUAUCCUUCUUCCUCAUGUCAUUGCUAUUAUCACAGAUUCUGUCUUUAUUUUUUAUGUAUCCUUAAUCCUCGUCACUGUGACACAGAAAAGUCUUCAAUGAUCAUACCUAAUAAUCCUAACAACAAGUAUAUUAAAUAUAUUACAAGAGUUCCAAUUGUAGUCUGUCUCGUACUCAAACCAGCAUCUUUAUGAGACAUAUGAUGCGGACGUAGUGCUAAAUACAAUAAUUAACAUUACCAGUCCAUGUUUUGAGGGUAACGUCAUUUCUUUUUAAAUGCCUUUUUGUAUCUAAUACAUGCUUUUGAUACCUUCAUAUUGGAACAUGACCUCUACAAAACUACAAGUUCUACUAUACCAUCCCGUUAAACGUGAUUCAUUCUGCCUGCUGGUUUCAUAGCCCUCCAAUAUGCCCCACAGGGCCCCCUACCACCUGACAUGAGGUACUGCAAGAUUGUCAUGUCCUCUCUGUAAUAUCCUCUCUUUCUCUCCAACAGAUGGAGGUAGUGAGUACCUUCAAGAGAAGUGGUUCCUUUCAGGGUGCUGCGCGACGUCGCUCCUCAGUUCUCAGCCAACUCCAUGACGUAACCAAUAUUUCUACUCCCACUCACGUAGUUCUCUCCACUGCCAAUGCAACUGGUGCGCCUGGGAGUGAGUUUCUGCCAUCCAUUAACGGCACACAACAAAAAACAGUCCACUCACCAUCAUCAAAAUGAGCAUCUUGUAUGUAGAAAAUGGACCUUUGCCUGCCCAGAAAUGCAAUUAAGCAUCAAAGAUAUGUGUGUUUGUCUGUGUGUGUGUUGUGUGGUGGGGGAGUCAACACUGAGGCGCCUGACCCACUGACCUUUUCAUUUGAGUUUUCCUCCUUUUUUCUGGUUUAUCUACCAUCUCUAUCUCCAUCAUCUUUUAAAUUAGUUUAGUGACUGUGUGUUUAUGUGUAUAUUUGUGGUUGUAUUAUUUGUUAAUUUAAUAUUAUAUUUCUCUACCUCCUUUUCACUACUACCUCAUGAUCUUAGGCCAGGAUUCAAUCAGAUCUGCGCUAGCCGACAACCACAUAGCUCUUGUUCGAGUGCCGCGAUGUCAGGCUGCAUACUCGUUUGUCUUCGUAAUUAUGUAUAGGCUACCUGGCUUCUUCAAGCAUGAUCAUUAGCUGGCCAGCUGUAUUCAAUGAACCCAUAAAUAAUAUAUGUAUUUAUUAUUAUUUAUGUAUUCUUUUUUUUAUUGAUUAUAUAAUAUUUUGUUUUAUUAUAGCCAAUAUUCUUUAUGUAUGACAAUUUCAUAGUUCUGAAAAUGUUUCCUCAUUUAUACUUUUUGACUGCACAAAUAAGGAGAACGUAGCCAGGUGCCUUUUGUAAACUGUUUUUCGUUGAACGAUUUUACAUUCGAGUAGAGUCUACACUUCAUACCGAUGUUUUGAACUACUAACAUUGUAGGGAAGGAUGGUAGUGUUUUUUUGUCAAUGUCCACAAGAGCAGCAGCUCACCAAUUUGACAGCUCAUAGCGUAGUUAUACCUGUUGGCUGAUGUGGGUUGCUGCUGAUCUGAUUUAAUCCUGGCCUUAAUCUAUUUCUUUAUCUUGCUGCUUUGUUUGGCUUGAUGCAGUCUGUGAUCAAUCGUGUUUCAAACUGCCCAGAGAAGACUGUCUGUAUGCUCCUAUGGUUUUAUCAGAUUUGUGACAAUACAUACGUUUAAUUUUCAAUGAGAUCAGAAUUGUAUUCAGAGCAUUACAAUGAAGCAGCCAUGCCAAUUUAAACAAUUUCUUAAAUGGCAAAUCAAGGUUAAAAAAGACACAAAAGAUAAGAAACAAAAUAACAUGUAUUUUGGGUGUGUGCACUUCUGAACAGUUGUAAACCUUCGAGUGUUAGCCUGCAACAGUGACAUUUCUGAGAUGUUACUGUUUGGUCACCCUACCAAUACAAAUCUUUCUCUGUCCCUAGGUUCGAUCAGACUGCCAAAAUAGGAUCUGCAGUGUUGCUUUGUACAAAUAACUACCCUCAUUUUACUUGAUCUCUUUCAUUCUCUCUCAUUGUAGGUUCUGCAUCUCAUGAAGGAAGAUAGUUGUAUUUCCUUUAUUUUUCCUAACGUAGUACUAACGUACUCUAACUGAUUAUUAUGGUUCAUUUUUGUUGUUGUUUUCUUUUCUUAUAAAACAUACAGAUUAUCUUAUUCCAUUGAGAUCAGUCAAUGGUGGGCUUAAACUGCGUGCUACAGCUCCAAGCAUUGCGGGUUCAAUCUUAGUGCUAGGCACUCGUUUUAUAAUUAUCGUUUUUCUGUUUUAACCCUAUCCCAAACCUUAACCCUAACCUUUUAACCAGUCGGGAUGAAUGCCUUAACUUAGGUUUUGGUUUCACUUUUGCGCAGUUUGACUGACAGCUAACUUCUGUUCAGUUUGACUGACAACUUACACAUGGCAAAAUACACCGUAAUUGAAGGGCAAGACAUGCCAUAUCUCUGUUGCCUGCAGUUAUGUCAAAUGUCUCCAUUUCCUUUGGAGGUUGCAUUGCAGCAAUUGGUAUAAUGCAAUACCCAGGCAUUCAUCCAACCCAUAUUCAAAAACAGUCCCUCAAGUGUUGUGCACUUUGCCUAUUAUCAUUUCCUUUGAGGACUUUUUGGUUUAUUAAUUUAUUUUAUAAACAGCCACAGAUUGUUUGGUAUAUUAGGACGAUUAGUAGACAUCUGAAUGUAGGAACUCUAACUUCUAAUUCUAAAUUUGCAUUGUUCCAAGCAAUGUCUUUUACUUAAUUAUUUUGCUGUUCAGCUUUUAUAUGUACUUCACAUUGUUUCCCCUUAAUGUCCUUUCCUUUCCUGACUUUGUGGUUGUCAGUUCAGUGAUCAUGUCCAUGCGUGUGCAACUCUCCAAACGCACUUCUCAAAUUAGGAGUCUGUCCUAUAUGUUUAUUCAACAAUGUCUGUUUUCCCUGUCAUAUGUUUCAGUUUUUUAUGUUUUUAUAUUUCUCACGGCUUUGUGAAGACUAUGAAUCACACUCAAAACGAACUGAUCUCUAGCAGAAUGUCUUUGUUUAGAAAAAAGGAUUCAUGAAGAAAGUCUGAAAUGUUGUGUCAGGGUUGGGGUCAACUCCAUUUCAACUGAAUUCAAUUCAGGAAUGGAGUUCAAUCAUCAUACUUUGUACAUUGAUGGAUGGUCCAUUAUCUUCACUGAGAAUAGUUUGACCAAUUCAUGAAUAGAAUUUCCAUUUAAUUCCCUGAAUUGACUGAGAGGAAAUGAAUUGAGCCUAACCCUGACUUUUAUAAUUUGUUUGCAUUAUUAUCAUAAACACCUGUGUCCUCCCCUCCAGCAUCCUCUCUUCCUUUGUCUAGUGUAAUUCAAUAAGCCUGGAGCGACCAUGGGAUUCAACCUCUACCCCAAUAAAACAGGCCUUCUCAUUUUCUUCUGUUUUUCCAUCCAGCUCCUUGAGAGAAAGUUAGGUGGCCCAUUUGAAAGAAACCAAGUGAAUACAUUGACUUGAGUAAUAGUUCAUUUUCAACAGCUGUGGUGUUAUAUUGACCAUUGUGGGCACUAUACUCGAAAGUUUACAAUUUUCACAAGGGGACAUGAAUUCAGAGGGCACAUAAUAAUUAUUUAUUUUCUAAAUAAUUUACUUUAUGGGAACAAACAGCUCCUUGGAAAAACAAAUCAGCACAAGUCAACCUUAACAGUGUCUCUGUGUUGCCUGACUCCCUCAUCACAACAUGGUUAUUGGGUCAUGUCGCUUCUUGUGCAAGAUCUUUGUGGUAAUUUUCACAUUUAGAAUGCUUGCUACAAAGGUUGGUCUUUUUGGAUGUGCUUGCUGAAGAAAUGGGUCUUUGUGGCUAUGCUUGCUGCAGGAAUGAACAAACAAAUCAUAUUGUUUGUGCAUGCUGAGGUACAGUCCACAGAGCAAACAGGAAUAAGGACCUAAGCAUAAUCUCCCUUUUUACAUCAGCGCGUGAUUUAAACAAAGUUUUUAGUUACUUGCAUGUAUCUCAAGUUAGGAUUCAGCCUGUAGUGCCCAUCGCAACGGAAUAUAAUUGCAUUCAUGUUCACACACUUAUUUGCUCUGUGGGAAUGAAUGUAUUAUUCUUAUUUUAUUAAACUUCACAAUAUGUGCAUCUCUUUACCAUCUAGGACCAGCCAUAGUAAUUACAGAAACACCCUAUUUAUUAAUGUAUUGUUUUCCUCAUUAACAAUAUUAAAGCAAGAUUCACCAUAAUGCCUACCUAUUAAGACUUGUGUUGAGUUCUGUGUGAAUGGGUGCUGACUUUGAGUGGAUGAAUAACCCAUCACUAAUUAUUAUUUUUGUACAAGGAAAUGGGUAUGUUGUGGCUGGACACAGAACUACUGGUGAUGUAUCAUAAAUGUUUCAAAUGUAGAUUUUCACAUGCUUAUAAUGUGAUUUUGAGGAACAAUUUUUAAAACAAUUGUUCUGACAUUGAAGGUAAUGAUUUGAUGUACAACUCUGGCAAUUCCAGUGUGGUGACUAUUGUGCCUUAUGAAAUACAACCAUUGUCUACUAUAUUGCCAUUUUUGUACUGAUCUGGAUGAAUGUAUUUAUGUCCUUACAUUUGUUUGUACUGUAAAACAUCUGAGUUUAGAUAUACCCUAGACAACUUACAAAGUACACGUUCAAGAUGUUCAAUAGAAAUAUACAAUUCACUUACAAUAAUUAUUUUUUGAAGUUGAACAAAUUAUUCACAUUCACAGGCCCUGCCUUUUUUACAGCCGCCCCCGAAUUUACAGAGUAAAUUUGAACAACUUUUACUGUGAUAUAACAACAUUACUCAUCAAGUCAACAGAAGCCUGUGAUUAUUGUGACUGGUCUGUAUUGUGGGUGAUUUUCCCUUAGCUUUACUGGUAGCUGCAUUAUGGCUCAUUGGACGUUGCAACACCCAAAUGAUAUGUCAUCCAGCUGUACCCAUUUUCGUUUGCAUCAAGACAAGCUCAUGCACGACCACCUUGAAUGUUUUUCUUUUACAGCAUGGCUGUAAAUGAGGCUGUCACAUGAUCAGUCUUGGCAUGUCAGUUGUUGUUUGGUUUGCAAACUGAUCUGAAUCCCAUGCUCUCACUUGUUUCACUUGUCCCGUAUGUAAGUUCAGAGUUCAGUACAAAAAUGUUUCUGUGUGUGUGUGUGUGUGUGUGUGUGUGUGUGUGUGUGUGUGUGUGUGUGUGUGUGUGUGUGUGUGUGUGUGCGUGUCAGACAAUGUUGUAUAUCCAUCAAUGAAUAUUUGAUUCAUUUUAAAUAUCUUAUAUUGAACUGACAACAGUAACUUUUAUUUAAGUCAUUAUUUCAGUUUUCAUUUGUUUUACUUUCCCUAAUGUUCUUUAAAGUUACAGAGUAAUCCCAAGUGGACAUGUACAUAUUGUACACAUACAGUAGGUUUUAUCAGGUCAGUGAGGCAUUUCAAACUCAUAGGUAAUUGAUUGCCUUUAAAGAGGCUAUACAGAACUUUUGCCUCUGGGCAAGUUCUUGAGCAAAAGGGGUCCCCUAAAUGGACAAAAAUAAUAUCUAGGAAUUACCUUAUUGGACAGAAAGAGGUACGCCUCCCCACGCCCAGGCAAACCUACUACUGUACAAUAAAACCUUUAAUUUAGAAUUUAACUAACAUUUAGUGGAAUUUUCAGAAGACUCAAAAGUUGUAUUUUCAUAACUUUUUCAGGUCAGUUCAGCCAAAGAAUUCUGCCACUGUGACGCUUUUAAAUGCUUAAAUCUAAAUCUCUCUCCACUUGUUUGUCCCAUCUAUUCCCUUUUCCUUUCUGCAUUUUUCCCCUUGUUUGACCAUUAUAUACAAAAUUCAACAUAGAUCCGAGUGGUGAAAGCAUUCCAUAACCCACUUUAUGAUGGCAUUGAGAAGCCGGAAUCCAAGAACUCCAUCCACGACUUCAUGGCACACCCAGAAUUUCUCAUCAGUGACUUGGUCCACAACAUCCCCUUGAUUGACGAGACAGACAUUGAAACCGAAGAAUCAGAGCGCUCAGACUGCAACAAUGUUCGCCUGGCUUUUCAUCAAGCUCCUCCCCCUGCCCAGCCCCCUCAGCCUCCCCUUCGCUGCCGCUCCGCCUCCCGCCCAGCCCCCUACCGCCAGCAGAGCCUCCCCGUUACACUCAACUGCAACAACAACGCCACUGCUGCUGCUGAUGCUGAGAAUGGAGAUAAUCUGAACCCAAAAGAUGCAAGACUACCAGCUGCUUCUCUCUGCCGCCCCGCCAGCCCAUUGCACAGCUUGGAGACCUGUUUAUAA